UUUUGCGAUCUUCAGUGAUCUUCACUUGAUGCCUCUGCAGAAAGAGAUCUUACAGGAGGUUUGGACAGAAGACAGCCUUCCUAACAAUGAUUCCAAAAGGUCAAUACAGAAGACAAAAAAGAAGAAGCCGGAGGCAGAUUCUGGAAAGGCCAAGGGAGCUGAAGCCAAACCCAAAAAGAACAAAGCUAAAAAGAGUGAAGAGUUGUCAGGCGAAGUGGACAGUACGCCCUCAAAGAAGAGCAAAGCGGUGAAGAAGAAGAAAACCGAGAAGGACAAAGAAGCGCCAACAGAGAAGAACAUAAAAAAGAAGCCCAAGAGUACUGCUAAGAAGAAUAAAGAUUCCAAUGAUGAAGAUGACGAGGAUGACGAAGAGGAGACCUCACAGAAGAAAACUAAAAAGAAAACCACCAAAGAGAGCUCCCCUGCUGGCACCAAAGAAAAGAAACCAAAGGCCAAAGGUCAGCUGAGGGCUGCAGGAGACAAAGACAAGAAAAAAGACAAGAGAAAUAAGGACAAAGAGAGGAACAACAAGAAAAAGAAUAGCUACAUUGUGAUGCAGUUUGGAAGGGUGGCAGACGACAUGUUCACUCUGGACUAUAAUUACCCCAUGUGUUCAGUGCAAGCCUUUGCUAUUGCUCUGUCCAGCUUUGAUGGCAAACUGGCCUGCGAAUGA